AUGACGAUCCGCGUCCACUCAGAGGAUGAGAGCCCCAGUGUACGAGAGGAUAUACUACUGAUAUCGCCUUCUCAACUGAAUUAUGGGCCGCUCGGGCAUGAGUCUGCUUCUUCCGCUUCCUCUGUCGCAACUAGAGACACGACAUAUGAACGGGAUGAUGCUGGCGUGACAGCCAUGGGCUUAACUGUUGGUCCCCUGGACAGGGAGCAGAACUCAACUAGAGAAUUCUUCGGCGACUCCUCAACAGUGGCCUUUAUCCAGGAGUUGCAGCAUUCCCUUCCAGCAACUAACACCGCGCCAGGCUCUGGCCACGAGGUGCCUUGUCGCUCAAUCGACCCGCACGAUCACCAGCGGGCCCCCAAGCUCUCAGCUGAACCUAGACCAUCAAUGGAGCUGCUCCCCCCACGCCCAUUGGCCGACCAUCUGGUCGACUGCUAUUUUUCUAAGAUACACACACUUUAUCCGUUUGUGCAUAAGGACGCUUUCUUCACUGCAUACCGGUCGCUGUGGGUGCCUGCGGAGUCAAGUCGAGACACAAAUACGGCUCCUGGUCUGGGGAUAGGAGAUGCUACUGUCAGUCGCACCACCUUCCACUGCGCAUUGAAUGCCAUAUUUGCUCUAGGAUGUCAGUUCUCCAACGUAGUGCAGACACAGCGAGAAACUACCUCGGAAGCUUUUUAUCGUCGGUGCAAGCCAGUGCUAGAUGUGGAAUAUCUGGAAGGGGGAGAUCUAGCUGUAUGCCAAACUCUCUUGCUCGUCACGCAUUAUUUACAAUGUUCACGAACGCCCAAUCGUUGCUGGCAUGUUAUAGGCAUGGCAUGUCGGCUAGCUCAGGCGCUGGGGUUGCACUCAGAUCGCGGCAAUGAACGUCGAUCGUUUGCCGAAAUCCAGCUUAGGCGGAGGGUAUGGCAUGGUUGUGUAAUGCUUGACCUAGCCGUCAGCACAAUACUUGGACGCCCGGCAAUGAUUGCCCAAAAGCCAAUGACGCCUCUCCCCGAGGCUAUUGACGAUUGCUAUCUAUCAGUGGGUGCGCCAACUUGUAAACAACCUCCCCGUGUACUAUCGCGCGUUGUAUGGUUCAUUGAAACCUUAAAGCUGUACGAUACGCUCCGCAAGAUUCUGAAGUCAUUGUAUAACAAUGCAGGGUCAAUGGAAGCGGGGAGCGUGAGUAACCAUAUGCCGGCUGAAAACACUUGGCAGCUUCAGAACAUUAUACAGAUUGAUGCAGACCUCGAGGAAUUCAAGACCAAUCUACCAGAAGCACUCAUGUGGGACCAUGAAGUCUUACGUGACGGUCCAGACAAUUUCCAAAGAGAAAAGUGUUUGCUUCGAGCAAGAUAUUCAUAUUUGAAAAUUCUCCUAUACCGGCCUAUCCUCUCUCAGACUCUUCGAAAUAGUAACACAAUGUUGUGUAGCGAGAGCAAUGAAUCCAUCCAUAACUCUGGAAUCCACUCCAGAGUUAGCCUUGACUGUUCCAUAUACUGUGUCAAUGCUGCCAUUGAUCUUAUCUCUUUAGUUCAUCAGACUUGCAACACUCAUCUGUCUAGCGUCUGGUGCUACAACGUCUUUUAUGCAUUUACUGCGGGUUCUGUUAUUCUUCUUGCGGGGCUCUCUCAAUCGGUCGUGGAUAGUGUAACCUGGGAAGCUCUAGAACAAUCGUGGCAGAAGUGUCAGUCUUCAUUAGACAAGCUGAGGUUCUAUAGCAGCACGGCGGAACGCUGUGCCGAGAACUUAUGCACGAUCAAAGAGCGAUGCUCAAUCACCUUUCCGCGCGUUGCAAAGCCAAGGACCAAUAUAUUACCGCGGGAACAGCCAUCUCCUAAUCAGUCUCCCACCUUCGAACAGCUGGAUAACGAUAGGCUAAAUGAUCUACCAUCAGAAGGAACAGAUUAUCUACCGUUCACAGACGACCUCUUUCGCGAUCUGGAUUUCAACGAGGAUACAUUUUUCGAUCCGUUCUGGUUCAGUCUACAAUUCUAA